AUGGCUCCCCUCGUUUGGUUCAUUACCGGAGCAAACACCGGCUUUGGUCUCAUGCUUGCCCAUCUGGCCCUUUCCAAAGGCGAUGCCAUCAUUGCAACUGCCAGGAGCCUCUCGAAGUUCCCAGAAUCUCUCACAAAGAACCCGAAUGCCGACUUGGUGGAAACUGAAGUUACUGCGCCGGCCGCUAGCAUUUCCAGGCUCGUCAAUGCAGCUGUCGAGAGGCACGGACGGAUCGAUAUCCUCGUUAACAAUGCUGGCUUCGGUCAUUUCGGCGCUGUGGAGGAAGUUUCUGAGGAGGAGUCGCGCUAUCAAUUUGAUGUGAACUUCUUCGGGCUCCUCAAUUUCACAAGAGCAGUGAUCCCGCAUAUGCGAAGGCAGGGAGCCGGUGUCAUUGUACAGCUCUCGAGUGGCGUGGGUAUUCUCGGUCCUCAAGGAGCUCCGAUUUAUACGGCCUCCAAGUUUGCCGUUGAGGGGUUGAGCGAAGCCAUGGCCCACGAGCUCAAGCCAUUCGGAAUUCGCGUUCACAUUGUUGAACCUGGCGUCUUCCGAACGGACUUUUUAAAGUCGAUUGCACAGGGCCAGAAUGUGAGCCAACAUGUGGAAGGGUAUGCGAAUAUGGAAACGCUGCUGUCUGGUCUGCAUGAGAAGCAGCCCGGAAACCCGGAAGCUGGCAUUCAGCGCAUUUACGAACUUGCCACAGGGACGGGAAUGGCAACAGGGCUUGAGGAUCAGCUUCGGUUUCCGCUGGGCUCAGACUGUUAUGCUAUGCUGGAAGCGAAGAUUGGCAUGCUCAGGGAGACUGCGGAGAAGAUGAAGCCCAUUGCGCUGAGCACAGAUUAUGUAUAUGAAGAAGUCUUCAGGGAUGGCAUGCUCCCGGACUAG